AUGCAACAUCUAGAGUCAGUGGGUACAGAACGCCUCAAUCAAUUGAUUGAGGAAAACGAGAAACAGGGUCACCCUGUUUCUUGUCUUAUAAAUAAUCCUUUUAUACCUUGGGUUUCUGAUGUUGCUGAAACUCUGGGAAUUCCUAGUGCUGUCCUUUGGGUUCAAUCUGCUGCUAGCUUUUCUUGUUAUUACCAUUAUCUCCUUAAAUUAGUUGCAUUCCCUACUGAAUCAAACCCAGAGCUUGAAGUUCAACUUCCCGCUAUGCCUCUACUCAAACAUGACGAAAUUCCUAACUUCUUGCACCCUUUUUCUUCUUCUCGUUAUAUUAUGUUGAAAGAAGCCAUUUUAGGUCAAUUCAAGAAAUUGUCUAGUCCAUUUUGUAUAUUAAUGGAUACUUUCCAAGAACUUGAACUUGAACUCGUUGAGCAACUUUCCAAAAUAUGUCCUAUUAAAACUGUUGGUCCAUUAUUCAAGCACCCUAAAUUAGUUUCCCCUAAUGGAUCCUCAGACGAUUUUCGUGGCGAUUUAUUCACAGCCGAUAGCGGUGUAAUACAAUGGCUGGAUUCAAAACCAAUGUCCUCUGUUGUGUACAUUUCAUUUGGGAGUAUAGUCACAUUGAAACAAGAACAAGUUGAUGAAAUGGCAUAUGGGUUGUUGAAUUCAGGGCUGAAUUUUUUGUGGGUAAUGAAGGAACCUUACACAGGGACAGGUUAUUUACCUGUAAAAUUACCAGAUGGGUUUUUGGACAAAGCUGGUGAUAAGGCUAAAAUUGUACAAUGGUGUCCACAAGAACAAGUAUUAGCACAUCCAUCUUUAGCCUGUUUUUUGACGCAUUGUGGAUGGAAUUCGACUAUGGAAUCACUAGCAAUUGGUACACCAAUAAUUGCUUUUCCUCAAUGGGGUGAUCAAGUUCUUGAUGCUAAGUAUUUAGUGGACGUAUUUAAAGUUGGGAUUCGUAUGUGUAGAGGUGAGGAUGAAAAUAGAAUUAUUCCACGAGAGGAAGUGGAGAAUUGCGUGAGGGAGGCGACGAGCGGAGCAAAGGCGGCGGAGAUGAAAGAAAACACGUUGAAAUGGAAGAAAGCGGCGGAGGAUGCGGUGGCUGAAGGUGGCUCCUCCCAGAAGAAUCUGCAGGCUUUUAUUGACGAUAUUAUCACAACAUGUACUGGUGAAAAGAUCAAGAAAUCUGGGGCCUGCAAUAAAUGUUUAUAUGGUCCCAAACAGGAGAUCGACAACCUUAUUUAGAAAUUAUAGUACUUAACUAGUUAUAGUAAAGUUGUGUAUUUAAUAUUUGAAACAUAGAAAUAGGACUAUGUUUCCAGUUUGUUAUAAUAAUCAUAGAUCCACAUUGUCCGUUUGACUGCUAAAGGAAGCUAGCUUUCUUCUAGAAACUCACGUGAAAAUUAAUAAGUACUAUUUUCUUAAACAUGUUAAGCUUCUUGAUAAAUCCUGUUAAAUUAAGUGUUAAAAGUAGUGACUUAUGCUAUUAGUUACA